AUGGAGACCUUUCACGAUGAUGGCACACCCCUCGCCACCUACCUCGAGGGUGAGGGAUACCUGGACACACGACUAGAUACUAGCGUCCAGAACGAUCACACUUCCGAAGAGGCGGGCAGAUACAACGACGAGACACCGACGUCCUUCGCGCCCCGGUCGAACACCAGACCGACCCUUCGUACCCACAAAUCCAUCGCAACCACUCUUCGCGACCUGUCAAAACCCAAGAAUGCGCUGGGCAGGAUACAUAAUGCAUGGUCGACCGCGCUCAACUCGCGACUCGGUCGUGCCGACAAUGCGCGCUUUUUGGAGCACUUCCGGUACAUCAUCGUCGCGUCGCAGCUGCUGAACGAGUACCUGGACCAGGGCGCGCUGCCUCCGUCUCUGCCCAAUCAUGGCCUGGAUGGGACUGCUGAAGGCUCCGCCAUGCCUAGCGUGGCCACGAGCCUCUACGGCGCCACUGGGACCGCGAUCGUGGCCUUUGCGUUGGUCUACCUGAUCCACUGGGCGCGCAGCAGCCGGGACGGCGCCCUCAGCACGAGCCGGAUAGCGCUCGUACUAGCCAUCUUCCUCGUGACCGCAUUUGUGGGCUAUGGCUACGUGCGACGCCAGUGGCUCAAGUUCUUGCGCCGGCAGGCUGUCGCGGAGAUCACGACAUUGACGGCUAAUUGGCAAGCAUUCGAGGUCUCCGCCAGCUCGGCCCUCUCCCUAAUCCAGGAGGUGGAGCUGGUGUCCAAGGGCUACCGACUUAGCACUCCAUUGCCACCAGCCUCGCGAAUCGACGACCAGUCCGCCGCACGGAGAUGCAUUCGGCUUCGUAAGCUGGUGUAUCAUGCUUACUCUUCCGUCAUCCCCACAUGUAUAUCCACCUGCGAGACACUUCGGGCCCUGAUCGACGCGGAUGAUCUUGAGAAGUACUUUGAGAUCUACGACAUCAAUCCACAGGACGCCAAAGAGGCAGCUGGGUCGGAGGCGUUGAGCGUGCUGGAUGACGACGCAGAAUCUCUCAAAUCACUGCGCGUGCUCAGUUACCGGGCAGGCGUCCUGCGACGUGUCAUGCUGAGCUCGCUCAUGUCUCUGGAAGCCGAUGGCGGGAAGCCUGACUUUUUGCGGUGGCGCGUGGCAAGCGAUGCUAUGGGCAAAGAAGCCAGCGUCAUCGGGCAGUAUGCUGAGAAGCUUCAGCAAUGUCUAUCCGAGAUGGAGACACUCGCCACUCCCCUCACACCUGCGAACAGGUCACCCACCUUCCCUGCUCGAGAUAAGAUGCGCACGCAGGUCCGCAAGAUCAGCAUGCUGUCGUCUGGCAUCCGCUCGCUGCAGGCGAAGAUGCAGAUUCUCCGUGAAGAGACAAAUCGCUCCAUCGAACAGUCCGAGGACCUUAGCGACCUCGGCCCAAACUUGAUGGCUCAGUACGAGUCCAUUGGCGCUGACCUGAAGGAGCUGAUGCACGCCUGGGAGACCGGCAAAGCCAGCCUUCAGUCGAAUCUCACGAAACAAGACCGACGCAUCUCUCGUGCUUCGAGCGUUCGAUCGAGCAUUCGCUCACCCAUCUCCAGCAUCAGCGGCCUCACCGCGGUGGAAGAAGGCGGGGGGCCCAUGGACGCUCUGAAGGCACUGACCGGCGACUCAAUGUCCAACCGCUCAAGCAUGGCCACCACGCCGGAUGAAGAGAUCUUUGAGGCUGUUGCGAUGCCCAGACAGCGCAGCACGCUUUCCCGUGAAGAGAGGAUUCUGAAGAUGCAGGAGGAAAGGGACAGGCAGGCGACCGCGAGAGCGCAGCGGGAGUCUAACACUGGCAUGUUGCGGGAGCUGCAGACGGUCUUGAGUCAGAGGCCACCCAAGGCGACGAAAGAUGGGAUGAGGAUAACUUCGAUAUGA